GUUUUUGGUCAAGCUCCAACCCAACCCAACCCAAAAACCUCCCUUCUUUUUUAACUCUGAAAUUUUCCACUCUCUUAAACCCUCUCUCUGGCACAGAGACAACACUCAACAAUGGCGACCACCUCUCGCUCACUGUACCGUACACUGCGCCUGCGGUCCUUCUCCACGAGCACGAAGCCGUCGCACCACAACAGCCACCAGCAGAAUCACCAGUACACAGAUCCCAAUUCCUUCAUCGGGUGCUGGGAGGCCCCCAAGGACCCCAAGGAGGCCGAGGCCAAGCUUGCGCAGCUCCGCAGAGACUACGCCAAGCAGGUCAAGGAGGUCCGCAAGGAGUACAUCCAGGAGGUCGAACUCAUGAGGCUCGAGAAGCUUCGCAAGGACGAGGCUCGUAAAGAAGCCCUUAGGCUCCAAAAUGAGGAGCGUAAGAGACUCAAGGCUGAGGCUGCUAAGGUCCGUGCCCAACAGCGUGAGGUUGCUGAGCAGGAGUUCCGCCAGACCCUGUUGAAAGAAAGAGCAGAGAAGCUUGAGAAUUGGAAGAUGAAGGAAAAAAUGAGAGAAGAGAAGAAAAAAGAGAAGAAUGAACUGUUGCGACGUCAGAGUUCCUUGUGGAUCAAUGAACCAGAGCUGGAAAAGAAGAUUUUAGAAGCCAUCGUUGAUACUACACCCCUUUGAGUCCAUUUUAUUUCCAAAUUGUCUAGUGGUGCUAUCUUACAGUUUCACCGUAUAGACAAAGAUAAUCAGGACUUAGUAUGUUUUGUACCCAGUCUCUAUGUUUUCUAUUUUCUUUUCACCAUCCACUAAUUUCCCAACCACAUUCCUUUUCCUUCUUCAUAUUUUAAUAAGAUCUGUAUACUUUCUAAUCA